AUGUUACAAGCUUCACUUUCUACUCUUUUUUUUCCUCUAUUCUUCUAUAUCAACCGUUAUAACCUCGGGUUGUUGCAAUCAAAAGAGGAAUGGAAUAGAUGGGAUACGAUGAUAGUUUAUGGUGACGGUGCUCCGUUGGGUCUUUCGAUUCGAGCAUCAGUAGCCUUCCCACCUACUACAUCCAA